AGCUACGUGGUAAUCAAAAUGGCUACCUUUAAUGAUAACUGGCAGACCAAACUCCCAACUAUCAGCGAGAGAACCAAAUUUAUAUUCAAUAACGACUUGUUAAGCGAUGUUGAGUUCGUAGUUCCUGCGUCGCUGAACGAACGUGAAAGCCGGAAGUAUCAGAAGAGUAUUCCAGCCCACAAGUUUGUUCUUGCGAUCAGCAGUCCUGUGUUCUUUGCCAUGUUCUAUGGUGAAAUGGCAGAGACUGCAGGCACUGUUCAACUGCCUGACUGUGAUUAUGAGAGCCUGUUGGAGCUGUUUCGUUACUUGUACAGCGAUGAUGUGAAGUUAAGCGGAAGUAAUGUGUUGCAAGUCCUCUACUUGGCAAAGAAAUACAUGGUACCCUCACUGGCUGAUAAAUGCACUGAGUAUCUCCGGAAACAUUUAGAAGCGUCGAAUGUGUUCUCCAUUUUGCCGCAGGCCCAGAAAUUUGAGUGUAAAGAUUUGGAAAAUCGGUGCUGGGGAGUAAUUGAGAAGCACACCCAGAAAGCUCUAAUGUCGGAUGAAUUUCUCACGCUUGAGCGAUCAGUCGUUGAGUCUGUCGUGAAAAGAGAAAUAUUAAAAGUAAAAGAGGUGGAUUUGUUCAAAGCUGUGGAUCGCUGGGCCACUAAAGAACAAGAAAGGCAAGAGAAGACUCCUAGUAGGAAGACCAAAAGAAAGAUUCUUGGAGAGGAGAUUGUAAAAGCAAUACGGUUUUCACUGAUAUCACAGAAGGAAUUUGCUUCAGUUGUUUUGGAUUGUGACAUUCUCACUGAAAUAGAGAUUUGUGACAUGAUUAAGUACUACAAUGACGGCGACCUAAAAUCUCCUUUAGUAUUCAAGCGUUUCCCCAGAAGUUUGCAUCGAUGUUACAGAUUUGCACACAUAGAAAUCCCUCAAACUCCAAUGGGUCCCUGGAGCAACAUUGACACUCUCCCUAAUGCUCUUAAAUUAACUGUGAACAAACCUGUCCGGUUACAUGGAGUACAGCAUUUUGGCCGUGAGGGUGGCGAGUACACUGCUUCAUUACAAGUAAAAGAUGCAAAUACUGGCUUUUCUCUUGUACAGCAACUAGGAUCCUACUUUUCAGAAAAAGUGGACACAUAUGCUUAUAUGUAUUAUGGCUUUGAUGUUGAGUUCGAUAACCCAGUUUGCCUUCAGACAGACAGAACAUAUGAGAUAAUAUCUCGUGUAAAUGGUCCGAUAUCUUGCUUUGGAAAACUAGGCCGAAAAAUUGUUCAGUCUCAAGAAAUCAUAUUUUCAUUUAGCUAUUCAGCGGCUUCCAGAGGUGGGACUGAUGUAUCUCGAGGCCAGUUUCCUGCCUUUCUUUUCAGUACAAUGUAGUUUUAGUUCUUAAGAAACAUAAUUCGCUGAUUUCCUAGGAAGUAUCAAGAUAUGGUUAACCGUUAGCCGUGAAACAACCAAACAUUUUACUCGUUAAACGCAAAGAGAGGACGUCUUUGACCUUAAAUCUGUCGAGAAAUUAACCGUAAUUUUCUGUUUCACUUAGUGUCAACAGUCAAACAGAGAAUAUCGAUAUCGCUUGUAAGGAUUUCACGGACUUGUCCCGCGGCUGAUGCAGCCUAUUUUAGUUUUUACCUCUAGUCAUCUUGGAAAGCUUUUGAAAAGGCCCCACCUUUUGAAAACUUUUUUUUUUUUUCACGUCAGGCGUGGACUCUAUACUUUAAAUAAUAUCAUUACGAUUUAGGCUAUUGCAUUGCAAUUGAAGUUAAUUGACUAUGUACUCGCAAUCCUCGGUAGCAAGUUUUGCAAAAAAAGUGUAUUAAUAAAGCGGAACAGCUUGUAGAAAAGAAAAAAAAUCCCAUAUGUAGCAAGAAUGACACAUUCAACUAGAAUUGCAGGCUCCUUGCACAAGUGUAUAACAAAAACUACAAGUAUAGUAAAGAUAACAGACAAACGAAACAAAAGAAAAAGAAAAAAAAAAACUUUAAACUACUCUCCCUCCUAAGGAAAGAAUGUGUAAAUGUAUAUCGCUCACCGUCAAUCUUAAUAAUGCUCUCUUAAAAAGGUGAAUUUUGUGGCGGCAAUAAAAAGAUUUUCCGGUGAAUGGCGAUAUCAAUUUGUGCAUUCGUUAAAUCAGUAUACUUUAAGGUUUCUUCGUUUUGUCUUUUGUCUUUUUUUUUUUUUUUUCAAUCCCAGACACAAUCAGAUGGGUAUUAGCGAAGGUCGAGCAACUUUUCUGUUCUGUGGUACUGCCCGCCCGGGGUUUUAACUUCAUGCAGUCUCACGCUCCGAUCCGCAGACCGGCACUCAUGGGCGGCGUUCAGUUUCCUUCAGUCAUUCAGCCGUAGAAAAUACUAUUUAAAAUUGAAAUUUAUUAUAGAUUUUGAAGCCUCUAUUAACAAAGGAAUAUAUUAAACAAAAUUUUGAAGGCUUGUCUACAUUUUCCUUUAAAUUGAAACCUCGAAACUAAAAAAGUAUGGGUACCCUGUGUUUCGUGCAAUCUCGGGCAGACUCAGAAGCAUUAUCAAAUUUGUUGCUUGAGAGGAAAGGAAGUUCGUGAGUUGUGUUGACGUUUAAACUUAAAGCUACUUGGUAAUCAGAAUGGCUGCAUUUGAUGAUAACUGGCAGAACGCCCAACGAGAGAACCAAAUUUAUCCGGAAGAGUCAGAAGAACAUUUCAGCCCACAAGGUUUUUCUUGCCAUCAGCAGUCCUGUGUUUUGUGCCAUGUUCUGUGGUGAAAUGGCGGAGACUGCAGGCACAGUUCAACUGCCUGACUGUGAUUAUGAGAGUCUGCUGGAGGUGUUUCGUUUCUUGUACAGCGAUGAUGUGAAGCUGAGCGGAAGUAAUGUCAUGCAAGUUCUCUACGUGGCAAAGAAAUACGUGGUCCCCCCUUUGAUUGACACGUGCACUGUAUCAACGGGGACGUUUAGAAGCGUCGACUGUGUUCUCCAUUCUGCCGCAAGCCCAUAAAUUUGAGAAUGAAGAUUUGGAAAAACGGUGCUGGGGAGUGGCACAGUGAGCAAGCUCUAAUGUCGGAUGAACUUCUCAAGCUUAAGAGAUCAAUUGUUGAGUCUGUCGUGAAGAGGUACGCAUUGAAAUUAAAAAUUGGAUUUAUCCAAAGCUGUGGAUCGCUGGGCCACUAAAGAACUUAAAAGGCCGCAAGGGCUAACUCCUGAUGGCGAGGUCAAAAGAAAGAUUCUUGGAGGAGAUAAUGUGAAAGCAAUACGGUUUUCAUUGAUAUUGCAGAAGGAAUUUGCUUUAGUUGUUUUGGAUUGUGCCAUUCUCAGUAAAACAGAGAUUUGUGACAUGAUUAACUGAAGUAGACUAUACUUCAAUGAUGAUAAUGGCGCUGCUUUAGAAUCUCCUUUAGCAUUCAUGCAUUCCCGUAGAAGUUUGCAUCGAUGUUCCAGCUUUGCAGUAAUAGAAUUCUCUAGAACCUCCGAUGAUCCCUGGAACAACAUUAGCUCUUUUCCUAGUGCUCUUGAAAUAACUGCCAACGAACCUGUCAUGUUGCAUGGAGUACAGCUUUUUGGCAAUGACGGAGGCAGUACACUCAGUUUCAUGAGAUAAGAUGCAAAAACUGGCUCUUCUCUUGUACAACAAUCAAGAUCAUACUUUUCAGAAACAGAUGACACAUUUACUUAUUAUGGCUUUGAUUUUUUAAGUCUGAUCUCCCAGUCUCUCUUGAGACAGACAGAACGUAUGAGAUUUUAUCUCGUAUGAAAGGCCCGAGAUCUUGCUAUGGAGAAAGUGGUAAACCAGACGUCGAGUUUCAAGACACCUGAUUUUCAUUUAGCAACUCAGAGGUGUCGACGAAUGGGACUAAUGUGUACAGAGGCCAGCUUCCUGCAUUUCUAUUCAGUCCAAUGUAGUUUUGAUCCCUAAGAAAACCUAAUUUGCUGAUCUCCCAGAGGGUAUCAAAGUGUGGAUAACCGUUGCCAUAAAAAGCCAAACAUUUCUUCGUUAACAUAAAUAUUUAAAGUCGACUGUAAACAUUUUUCCAGGAACCACACAGUGUCAAACAGAGAAUACCGAUAUCACUUGUAAGGACUUCUGGUAGCUGAAGGAGCCUAUUUGGUUAUCCAUGUAUCCAAGAAAUUUUAGUCCUGACAAAAUCGUCCAUACUGUGUGCGUCCACCCCUUCAUGUAAGCUGGGGAAAAAUUUUGCAUUUCAAGCACCCGCGCGUUUCAGCGGUAAAUGGUAUGGCCACCUGGACUUUUAGAGAGAAAAUAUAUAAACAACAAAAAAGCCGAGUCAUUCUUUCCACUAAAUUUGUCGUCAAUGCCUACAUUGACGAGGAUAACAGAGAAAGAGCUAGAGCGAGAGAUAAAAAACAAAGGAGACCAAUUUCGUUUGGAAAAGGAACAUGAAAAUGUUAUCUUUUAGCGGUGGUGCUCUCUCCUCCGCAGAGGCCUAUAUUAUUGCCUUUUUUAAAGGGAUACCCAGCGGGAGCCUCUGCGGAGGAGAUAGGCGGCGGUUAGAAAAUGAGAAAUGCUAGCGCCCAGCAAGGUGAAAAUGAGCGGCAGUGAAAAAUAAAGUGAACAGGAACACAUACAACAUUUCUUCUCAAGAGCGUGCAGCUAGGAAGUUUUGCGUUCUAGUGGUACAAAACAGCAACAAAGAAAUGUACAAAGAAGUUUGCUACACGUUCUAAGAUUUUUUUGCCAAUGAGACCUAUUGAUAUUUUUUGGCCGUUUUCGUUGCCGUCGCCGCUUAGCACUAACAACUGUUAACCAUAAAGGUUAUUACCUCAUUCACUAGACCCAUGGUUACCGUAAUAUCUUACUCUUUAAUUCAAACCGGAGUCGAAAAAGUCCGCCAAUAUUUGGUAAUUCCCAGGCUAAAGUUUCUUAAUUCUUCAGAUGUUAAUUAUAAGACUAACACAAUUAUGAUAAAUACAAAAUGAUCCUCUCUCCUUAUGGGGCUUUUCAGGGCUAAUGAAACAAAUAAGUCAAAUGGAAAACAACAAGUUUAAGAAUCCCAACUGCUAGGUGGCGAUCCAGUUGGCUAUUUUUGAACUCGGGACUACCAAGGACAAAAUCCAGCCGCUAGCGGUCAGGGCUAGAGUUGAACUCGAGGCUUCUGGAUAACAAGUCCAGCACUGUAACCACUCGGCCACGGUGCCUCCAAGUGUAAACAGCCCUUGAUUUGGUAAAGUAAAUUGGCUAUAGUGUAAAAAAUUUAAAAAAAACUGACCUUUGCUACAGCGAAAUUCUUGGUUCACUCGUACUUAGAAUUGUCACCUUGAGUAAUACGAGAUUGUACCUCAUAUUACACUUGCAGUUACGUUUAGCCAGUUCUAUAGAAUACUUGUCAAGAUGGAAAAUAUUGUAGAGGUUAAAGCCUCCAUUAAUCUCAUAGACAAUUUAAAGAACAUUUUGAAGGCAUUUUUGCAUUUUGCUCUGUUGAAAACGCAAAGAAAGAAUGGUUAGCCUGGGGGUCGUGCAAUCCCGCGCAGACUCAGUUACUAGAUUGAUUCUGAGAGGAAAGAGACGUCGUAACUGAAUUAUUUUAAAAAGUUUCUUAAAGCUACGUGGUAAUCAAAAUGGCUACCUUUGAUGAUAACUGGCAGACGAAACGGCCAACUAUCAGCGAGAGAACCAAAUUUAUAUUCAAUAACGAAUUGUUAAGCGAUGUUAAGUUCGUAGUCCCUGCGUCGCUGAACGAAAGUGAAAGACGGAAGAGUCAGAAGAGUAUUCCAGCCCACAAGUUUGUUCUUGCGAUCAGUAGUCCUGUGUUCUUUGCUAUGUUCUAUGGUGAAAUGGCGGAGACUGCAGGCACUGUUCAACUGCCUGACUGUGAUUAUGAGAGUCUGUUAGAGUUGUUUCGUUACUUGUACAGCGAUGAUGUGAAGCUAAGCGGAAGUAAUGUGAUGCAGGUUCUCUACUUGGCGAAAAAAUACAUGGUACCCUCACUGGCUGAUAAAUGCACUGAAUAUCUCCUGAAACAUUUAGAAGCGUCGAAUGUCUUCUCGAUUCUGCCGCAAGCUCAGAAAUAUGAGGAAAAAGAUUUGGAAAAUCAGUGCUGGGGAGUAAUUGAGAAGCACACCCAGAAAGCUCUAAUGUCGGAUGAAUUUCUCACGCUUGAGCGAUCAAUCGUUGCGUCUGUCGUGAAAAGGGAAAUUUUAAAAGUAAAAGAAGUGGAUUUGUUCAAAGCUGUGGAUCGCUGGGCCACUAAAGAACAAGAAAGGCAAGGGAAGACUCCUAGGAGGAAGGUCAAAAGAGAGAUUCUUGGAGAAGAGAUUGUGAAAGCGAUACGUUUUUCAUUGAUACCAGAGAAGGAGUUUGCUUCAGUUGUUUUGGAUUGUGACAUUUUGACUGAAACAGAGAUUUGUGACAUGAUUAAGCACUACAAUGAGAUAGAUUUAAAAUCUCCUCUAACAUUCAUGCAUUCCCCUAGAUGUCAUAGAUUCCAUCGAUGUCAUAGAUUUGCAAUUCUUAGAAGCCCUGGACUGAUCUCAGAUGAUCCCAGGGGCCAUAGUGGCGUUCGUCUUAGUGCUCUUAAUAUAACUGUCAACAAACCUGUCAGGUUACAUGGAGUACAGCAUUUUGGCCGUGACGGUGGCGAGUACACUGUUUCAUUAGAAGUGAAAGAUGCAAAAACUGGCAUUUCUCUUGCAGAACAAUUAGGAUCCUACAUUUCAGAAAAAGAUGACACACAUGCUUGCGUGUAUUAUGGCUUUGAUGUUGAGUUCGAUAACCCAGUUUGUCUUGAGACAAACAGAACAUAUGAGAUAAUAUCUCGUGUAAAUGGCCCGAUAUCUUGGUUUGGAGAAAUAGGCCAACAAACUGUUGAAAUUCAAGAAAUCAGAUUUUCAUUUAGCAAUUCAGCUGCUUCCAUCUGUGGAACCUCUGUAUCUAGAGGCCAGUUUCCCGCCUUUCUUUUCAGUCCAUGGUAGUUUUAGUUAUUAAGAAACAUAAUUUGCUCAUUUCUCAGAGCGUCUCAAAAUAUGGUUAAAACGUAUAACAGCCAAACAUUUUACUCGUUAAACGCAAGGAGAGGACGUCUUUGACCAUAAAUCAUUAAAGAAAUAAACCGUAUUUUUUCUAUGAUUCACUCAGCGUAAAACCGUCAAACAGAGAAUAUCAGUAUCCCUUGCGAGGACUUCAAGUGACUUUCCCGCGGCUGAAAGAGCCUAUUUCAGCAUUUGCCUUCAGUCAUCUUAGAAAGCUUUUUAAAUGCCUUAUCUUUUGAAGUUUUUGAAACUUGUGUUUUCUAAGUCAGCUAGGUAUUUGAUAUGUUAAAAAAGUAUUAUUAUAUGAAGGAAUUGCGAUUGAAGUUAAAUGACUGUGUGCAAGCAAAUGUCGGUAGCAAUUUUAGCAAAAAUGAGUUUAAGGGAGACUGCUUGCAGAAUAGAAAAAAUCGCAAAUGUAGCGUGAAUUACAAAUUCAACUAGGAUUGCAGGCUGUAGCAAAAAUUUGCUAGGAAAUUUCGUUAGCAAUUUUAACAUGACAAAGUUUAAAACUGCUUGCACAAGUGUAUAACAAAAAUUGCAAGUAUAGUAAGAAUUAUAACAACAGGGUGUCCAGUUCCUAUUUUUUCCUAUAUUUUUAGCCUAUUUCUAUUUUCUCCUAUUUUUUAACUAAAACCUCCUUAGAAUUUUUCCUAUUUUUUAGCUUGUGAAGCCUAUAAAAUUUGUAACAAAAUUGAAAAUGGAAUUAUAGUUGUGUGUGUUUUAGAGUGAGCUUUAUCAUAAAGCAAGUAGUAUGUCGACUUUGAUGCUCUUAUAUUAGCAAAAAUAAUUGCCAACGAGCAGCCUCGCGAAGACGCGAGGUGGCGAGGCGGCAGCCUGAAGAGCCGUGGGUGAUUUUUCCAGGGGCAGAAAAAGUCUCAAAUCGAUGCAACACAGAGUAAUGUAAGGCUGACGUAAUGUAGGAGAGAGAAUGCAUUGUUUUCGAGCGAACACGUGAUACAGAUCAGAGAAUCCAUGCACGAGCCGUGUGCGUGUUUGUGAGUCCCGUGCUCAUCCCGUCUUCAACCAAUCGUCGGGUGGAUCAUUUCCAUCCUACGCGAUAUCUGUCGCAUUUGCCCGCUGGAAUUUUUUAUUGCAUGCCGCUAAGAAAAAUAGUAACGCAGCGAAAUUUUUUGGGUCUUUGAAGCAAAAUAAUUCGGAAGGCUUCACAGCUCAUUGGUGCACCAUAAAGUUUUUAGCUUUAAAAAGAGACCAAAUAUAAGUCUCUACGUUGAAUAUUCGCGGACUGUAAUAUGAUUUUUCGAGCAUUUUAUGUUUGAUUAUAAAAAUCAAAGACCAGUAAAUUCAGUUUUACGCAAAAUGACUUGUGCGCAACUUGGGACAAAAACACGAACUUCGAUAUCUCGAAAAAUUUGCUUUGUAAAGCCAGGAUUUCAAAUUCUUUACGCAGUAGAACAGUUUAGUUCACUAUUUUCAAAAGACAAAUUAAAGCACGGGGCACACAUACACCGAACCCAUGACCCGCCUUCCCCGCUCAUGUGGUGGUAGAAAUGCCGUGCUGUUCCCAGCCAUCAGCACCCCAUCUGUUGUGAGGAGGGACUUAAAGGGUUAGAGCGGUUUUCAUUUGAGUGUCGAAAAGUAAUUGGUUUUGCACUUUCUACACGAUACGAUUGGCUUAAAAGAUUCGCGCCACCUUUUCAUCCAAUCAGAAGUAUUGCGUCAGCCACAUGUAAUUACUUCGAGUUUUGAUUGGUUCAAUGUAUUGUCUGUGUCCUAUGUGAUUGGCCAGAGUAAUUACUUUGGUUUUGGUUUUACGACACUCAAACGAAAACCACUCUAAACUGCCUCCACUGAUUAGGUUUAAGCACUGUUUGGAAACUGGUUAGGUUCUUUUUUGGGGUUGGGGUUGGGGUUGAUGCUAUAUGUACUUAAAUUGUUUCUCUUUCGUCCAGCAAAUCCUCAGUGGUCUAGUGGUUAGCGCGGUAUACUGAACCAUUUGAGUCGUAUAGGUUCGAAUCCUACUGUCAUUGGUAUCAAUUUUUUUUUUCCUUUCAAAUUGAAGGCACUUACCCUGUGUAAAUUUCAUAAAGGGAGGAAGGGGCUACUGCCGAUGGGAUCUAAUGCUGACUAAUUUACAAGUAACUCGUGAUCCACCUUCCCUGCGCAUGUCGUGGUAGAACUGCCGUGUGGUUCCCAGCCAACAGCCCCCACAUGUGUGGAGCUGGCGCUUGAUAGACUGCUUUGCACUCACAUCGGUAGUAAGGGGCUUUUGAGACGCGGGUUUUCCCCGUUCAUCAACCCAAUGGCUUUGCCACGCUAGUGGACCCCAAUAAGGGCGAAACAGCUGUCUGUGGCUGCCACUGCCUACGUGAUAUGGUUGUGCGCAUGCGUGAGGUACUGGCCCAGCCGUGGGUUGGUGUAUGUGUGCCCCUUGCUUUAAGUUUGCACUAUUUCCAAUGCAAUCGAAUUAACUUCAGUCUAUUAUCCAUCACUUACUGUAUUUGAUGACAGUUCUGACUAAACAAAUCCAACAGGUAAAAUCUUUGCCCGUUGGCACUUAGCGAUAGCUAUAACUAGUAGUUACAUUUGUUGUUUCCAUGACCUCUAUUGCCUUUUUGAUAUCUGUUAACAACUUUUUUAUGUUGUUACUUUUUGUAUGAUUCUCUAGUGCACCUACAUGUAUUGUAUGUAGGGUUAUACAAUGUAGUCCUCAUGACUAUUGAAUAAUAUUGUGCAUAGCCCACUGAAACUGCAUUUCAGUAUCUGUACAUGUUAUGUUUUAUUUUGAAGUCUUGCUCGCUUUUAUGUUCAUCUUUGAAACUGAAAACAGGAUCAAGUUGUCCUCUCACAACACAGGUCAGAUAAAUUAUCCAAUCAGCUUCUUGUUUAAAAAAAACAAUCUCUAACUAGAUUCUGGAUGCUUCACGAAAAGAACAGACUCAGGUUUCGUUCACGGCACUAGCUCUCUUGGUGAGCCCUUGUUAACAGCUGUUCCUAAGCAACUGACGAAGGAUCUAAUAUUUUGAUUGCGAAACCGGUCUUGCAAUCAUAGCUAAGCAGAGUGUUACGUUCUUCUUAGAACUUAACCAUGACACACUUAUAAUCUGAUACCAAAUAGAUUAGUGUCAUUUUGCGUACACCGCGGAAAGCCUGGUUCUGUAAUUACAUGUAAAACUAUGCGGUCUUUUGAUUGAAACAAGCAUAUUCUCAACCAGCUACCGACUGCAGAUUGAUGAACGGAAAGCUUUCCAUAGGACUUUUUAGUUCUAGUUCGAUAUCCUUUAAUAACAACACAAUCGUAAGAAAUUUCUAUCCUAAGAAAUUUCAUUCUUCGAAGCUUUUCAAAAAUUUGCCGCCAACUAACUUGAAGGGAAUUUGCAUAUGAUCACCUUAAUCAAGCAUAUCAUUCUGAUUACAGCGUAACUGAGCCAAUAAACUAAACGUUUAAAUACUGAUCACUCCUUCUAAGCCGCGAAAGUUGAUCUAAACCUUGCGAACGUAGAAGCUCAGGACUCGUAGCCUUUAUUAUAACUCUGAUGGGGUGCAAGGAGCCUAUCUUUGUCGGCGAGAGUACUAUGGAUUUUCCUAUUUUUUUCUGCUAUUUUUUAAUACAAAGUUUUCUUUUACCGAUUUUUUUGAACAUCCAUGGCACUGGACACCCUGUAACGACUUUAGCAAACGAAAAAAAAAAGCUUGAAACUACUCUUCCUCCUAAGCGUAUAUCGUUCACUGUGAAACUUAAUGAUGCUUUCUUUAUAAGUCGAGUUUUGUGGCUGUAAUAAAAUAUUUUCCAGUCAAUGGAGAUAGCAAUUUAAGCAUUCGUUAAAUCAGAAUAUUUCAAGAUUAUUUCCUUUUGUCUUUGUUCAAUCCCGGCCACAAUCAGAUGGAUAUUUAACAAAGUUUGAGCAACUUUUCUGUUCUGUGGUACUGUUUCUUGGUCUUUACCAAAAAUCUCAUAGUGAGGGCAUUUAAUAGAAACCAAUACCAUUAUUUCUUUGGUACAGAACUUUUUGUUUCUCUUCGUUUUCAAACACUAUUACAUAACAUUUCAAAUUUCAGCUCUCUAUUCGAUUUUAUUUACGUGAACUUUAUGGAAAAAAAUAUCGUGACCUUAUAAAUUCCAAUGUUUGUUUUAUAGGUUGUUGUUGUUAAUAAUGUAAGCCUACUGAACAAUCCAGUCCCAUAGCUCUGUCAAGAGCCGACAGAAUGUCAAUAAAUUCGCUUUUGUUCGUACAUCACGCUUUUGUAUUCUAUAUUGUGCAACCGAUUCAACGGAUAUGUUUUUUGAAUUAUUAUAUAUUCAAAUUCAUGACAUCAUUUGCAUUUCCUUUUAUGCUGACUCCACUGGCCUUUUACGUACGUAGCUUGCGCAAGUUUAUCACGAAACCAUAAAGAUUACCCGCCGCUAAUUUCGGAUUGCUUUCUUCGAAAAGGAACCAAGGUCUUACAAGAUUGUUGCAGGUAUUCCCAGUGAGGUUUCAUUCAAACGUAAGCAUAGUUUUGCCGCUUCAGAGUUAAUAUUCACCGGCCGCCUUCCUCGGUGUUAAUUUAUAGCCAUGGCACAAAUGCUAAAAUGAAAUUAUUUUGGCGCUAAAAUCCUAGUGAUAAUUCCAUCCAAAUUUACUGCCAAUUCGAAUCUUGUCUAUAGGUCUGUUAUCGUUGUUUUUUUUGCUUUUAAGCUUGGUGAUGAAAUUUUAAAAACCUUCAAAGUGUCUUCAUUCUACACAUGUGUAGUUCGUGCUUGUUAAUUUGCUAUAGGCUAAUGUUUAGGACGAGCUGUUGAGUCUCUUUAUAUACUUGUGCGGUAUUCAACUAAAGCAACUCAAAUUAGUUUUGUUGCCCGAAGUCUAAAUCCUAAGGCAAACGCUUAACGGUAGCUCUUUAAAUGCUUGUAUUAAUUAAUAUUAAUCGACGAAAAUUCCGCUUCUUUCACGAUUAUAAGGUUCUGUUGCUUAUACCUAUUUUCAUUUGAUUUCCGAAACCGUCAACAAUCGACGUUAAUUUCGUUAUUCCUUGUGAAUUUAAAAACAAAACAUUAAAUGUAAUAGAAACGGCUGCUGUACGCAGUUAUACUCGUAUAUUAUAAAUUAAGUACCACUCUGACAAUAGAGUCAUCUUGACAUCUGGCAGAGAGCUGUAUUCAUCCAUCGCAAAUUUGUUGCAAAAUUAGGUGAACGUAAUGAUGAUCUAUUUUUAUCAAUUUUCCAACGAGAAACAAAAACAGUAUUUCUUCUCAAAGACUAGGUUCGCUAAGUUUGAUAAAAUAAAAGCCUGGUACCAGUAAUAAAGGAAAGUAAUUGUGAGAUUGAAAUAAAUUGUACAACCAUACGAAUACUGUGCCGAAUAAAAUGCGCAUCAAAUAUAUAUGAUAAAUAAUGUUAUUUAAGUAAGAUACCCACGUCACUUGCAGGUGAUAAUCAUGCUUGUCGCCCGUAAGUCAUACGUAGAGUGAUUAUGAAUAGGGAAAUAUUAUGACGUUUCAAUUAGAAGUGUCCCUUGGUGGGAUUUCGUCUUAGAAAGAAAGAAAAAACAAAACAACAACAAAAAAACUUAGUAAUAAUCUGUUUAGUCUGUCUUUAGUCUAUGGUUUUUACUUGGCCUAUUCCUGCGUCUCGCAAUGUUUCCUUGCAAGAGAGAACAACUUUGAAUUUAUUUUGGUGGUACUCUUUCUAUCUGAAUUUUUUUAAAUGUUUUUUGUGACAAAGUUUUCGUCUAUCUGCGUCAGUUUAUCCAGUUCUAUUUCGCCUGACCGCCAGCUCGUGUCUGUAUCUCAUUUUUUACAGGAUAGCAAUAAUUAGCUGUUCAUCAUCUCUUGACUAUGUCUAUACCAGGAUCUUCUGACUCUUCCAACAAAUUCUGUGUCAGUAGAUGGUAACGUUGAAUAGGGCUGGCAAGCAUCUUGAAAGUCCUUGAAUUUUAAAAUUGCAAUCGGUGCUGGAAAGUCUUUGAAUUUAAGUACUAAAUUUAUCCAAUCCAGAUUCUCAAGUGCCUACAAGAAGCAAACACUGAAAGACCUUCAGGACAAAAUUGGUCACAUUGUAAAAGAGCUAAAAGAAAGACACAUACUCAAGGCUUUUUUAACAUUGAAUGAAAUCGUUGAAAAAUGGGAAAUGUGUCCACUUGAAAUUCCUCGAAAGGCCCUUGAAUUUUUUGUUCAAAAAAGGGUACGAACCCCGUGAAUUACGUAAAAAUGUUUCCAAUAACACUGAGUCGGAAGUGUCCUUGCGGGGUACCUUUAUAUUAGGGUGUACAAACAAUUCUCAAAAUCCCAGUGAUCCCCCGUUUCGUACAGUUCCUACUUCUUUACACCCUGCCGCCAGAGCCUGGCUUUUACUUGUUCGAUUUUGGCGUACCCAAGAAAAACUCUGCGUGAAUCGAUCAAGUUCUUUGUUGAACAUGCAGUCGUUGCACGUUGCUAAGAUAUUAGUUUUGAACCGAGACCUUAUAGCCGUGCGGUUGGUACCGCGGGCAUAGUUAUGACCAUGCACAUGUUUAUCAAUAGACAAGUUUGUUCCAGGCGUUCAGACUGUGUUGCGUGCGGGGAUGGCGCAAAGAGAUGUGAGAAGGAGGGCUAGGGUUCUCCCCUCUCCCUCUCCCUCUCACCCUCGCCCUCUCAGGGCUUUUCUGAGGGACAAUAAUUCUUCUAAAAUUCCAUGUACCAAGCCGUGAUUUUUUCCGUCAUAGUUUCGCAAAAUUUCACCAUGAAAGUGCUGAAGAUAGGAAUCUUCGGGCGAUUUUUCACCGAGUAAAGAAUGCAUUAUCUUGCAAUAUUUUUACCAAAUGUUAUUGCAACUGGAAUUCCUUACUUACCUGCCAAAGAUGAACUUGUUUCCUUGGACCGCCUUUCUUCCCCGAGGGCUUUGAAAAUGGUAUAAUUCAAAAGGUUUUGGUCUGGCAACUAUAAUGACGUAGGCAGCAUUUCACUUUUUGGCAGUUUUCUCGAAAAUGAAAAUUCUUUGGAUACUUUGAUUGUGAUUUUCGAAAAUGUUUCACCGAAGGGUUCUUUCUGACUUACAAUGAAUUAUUUCGAAAUUUCAGUUUUGACGGCGAAUUCUCGAUAUUUACAGAUAGCCAAACGUUUUCAAUGUUUUCAAAUCCUGUGGUAAAUUAUUCCAAAUUUUAGCCCUCCUUUCCUCCACCUCUAUAUUUUAAUGAACAUUUUCCUAAAUUUUUUCCACUGACUGAUCGUUUACUGUCCGUUUCGAUCUGCAGAAUGGAAAACUAACCAAGGCGGAGUUCGUGAGCUGGAUGAGGAAACACCCUCUCAUACUGGACUCGGUAUUCAAGCACACAAGUAUUCAGGACAAAGAAUUUAGCAAGGUAAGGGGCUGUUUACAUGGAGGUGGGAAGAUCCUAGUACCAGGAAGAUCCAAGAGGGCGGAUCAUCCUAGCGCCAUAUAUUUUCUGUAUUCGGUUUACAUGCAAAGGGCUGUGCCUUAUUCCUAGAGCUGGGAUCUUCCUAGUACUAGGAUCUUCCUAGCUGACAGGUAGGAAGAUCCUACUACUACGAAGAUCCUAGCACCAUGUAAACUGCCUUUGCUAAAAAGAUCGUAGUACUAGGGACAAACCAGACAAAAAUAGCGGCGGGUCGUUCAGUGGCUAAUGGCCGACCAUUUCGUUUGGCGUUACCUCGAUAAUUGUGUGAUUACUGUGAUAAUUCUGCUGAAAGGUAGUUGUUAACGCCAGUAAAGAGAGCAGAAGGGCCCAAAUUGUAUGUUUUUUUUGUCGCCCGCCAUUUUUAAUUCCUUCUCAAACAUUCUAUAUUUGUGCACCACACGGACCAAAAUUUCUGCAUGUAAACCCAACGUAAAGUUGAUCCGCCUCCUCUGAUCUUCCCGGUACUAGGAUCUUCCUCCCUCCAUGUAAAGGGCCCCUAUAAAAGCAUUACGCUAUAACGCCUAAAGGACCUUAAGAUCCGUGAACGCCAACGUCAGGGAAAACAAAAACGUCACUCAAAAAGUGAAUUCGCGUUCUUUUUAUCUUGAUUGUUAUUAUUCCAACUCAUCUACUUUGCCAAUUGUAGGCGAAAUCUCUUGGAGAGGCAUAUCCAAGUUCAAAAAGAGAGAAAAUUUUGUCGUCCGUUGUUUUCGUCCUACAUGGCACGUGGAAUUAGGCAUUUUCACGUUGAAGUCGUGCAAUUGAUGGCAAAGAAAUGCAUAAAAAACGCAUGAUGCACGUGCAAAGUUGUUUUGCUUAUUAAGGGCCUGUUUACUUGGAGGUAGGGGACCCCAGGUAGGUGAGGUAUCCCGCUUAGGUGGGGUAACCUGCCUGUCCAUAUAAUCUGUCAUUUUAAUUUGAUCACGUUUACAUGAUAGGUGGGGCGACCCGUCACAUGUUACUUCACCUAUACCUGGGGUCCCCCACCUCCAUGUAAACAGGCCCUAAAACUCCGAUUCCACCGGUCUGGACAAAUGUUUAAAUGGACGGACGAAUGUUUUACCUGUAUAAACUGUUUACACGGAACCGUGCAAAUUCUGUUACAAAACUUACACGGUCCCUUAAGAGGUUGUAUUGUCUCGCCAGUUGACCAAUUUGGAAGGCAGCGGAAAGAUUGCUCUAUAACUUCGGAAAAGAACGUGAUGUUAAAUCCUUCAUUAUUUGUUUUCGUUGUUUUGACAGUAUGAUCGUCUUCGAGAAAGCCACAGAUCACCUACCAUUGUCACAUCAACAAAACAAGGAACACGGUGAGUUACAGGCAUCUUUUCUGGCACACCCUCAGUACAUUUUUAGACUUGAUCAGAAUUACAGUCCCCUCUCUAUCGCCGUAAAGCGGACCCCUAAAAUCAGUCCCUUAAUUUUUUCAGUCAUUUUUAACUAGGAAUAGCCAAAGCCUAACAUUUCUCUUUUUACGAGACCCUUCCCCCCCUUAUCAAGCUCUGGUACAAUUGAGAUUCUUCUUUAAAUUAAGUCAUACUGUUUAAGUUUAUCUUUUAAACGUCUUUAAAUGUCUUUGUAGUUAAAGUAUGUAAGUACUUCUCGAGAGGGUUCCCAAUAGGGUUCUUCAAUCCCAUAAUCCCGACCCAAAAUUUCAUGCAAUCUCUUAAUCCUGAGGGUUAUUUUUGGCAUCCCACCUCCCUAGCGUACUUUCAAUCCCAAAUCUCGUCCCGAUUUUGCUUUCAAAUCCCGAAUCCCGAGCUUCAAAUAAAGGAAAUCCCGAGUUCCGAAAAACCUAUUGAGGACCCUCUCUCUAGGCAGAUAAUAUCUCCAGCAUAGACACCUUGUGCCAGUUACAUUAUAGUGUUCGUGUCCAUUGGGGUUGACUUUAUUUUAUAUCUUUCCUUAUCCCACCCCCCUUUUUUUUCAGACGCACAGAGUUGUUAAGCCAAACGUGGGUUGAUGGCUUACAGCAAGAAUCUCAAACGGAUCAGACAGCCAAUGGUGAGUCCUGUCGCACCCUCCUCAUUGAUCUUCAGGCCUAAUUAAACUAGGAAAUAUUAUUGCUGGGGAGUGGUUAUUGCGGACGCAAAUGUCUCCAAGUUUAGAGGCGCGAGGAACAGAUCUUUCGUUGGCAAAUUUUCUUACCUUUGUUUUGAGCGUCAAAAUGUGGCACGAACUAAAAAGUGGCCAAAGAGAGUUCACUGACGUUCUUACCAUGUUUUGACGUAUUUUGAGAUCUGUAAACUGAACAAAACAGAAUCUAACUCGUUUAUACAAAAGCGAGAAGGAAAGGUGGCACCAAAGCGAUCGAUUGUUUAAUGGUGACUCUAAUUAUUGCACUUGCCACGUCAACAAGGCUACUCAUCGCUUUUGCUCUUGUUUUUUCCUUACAUGUUAACAGCUUCUGUUAAUAUUAUUUUCGUUGGAAACCCCUUACUUGUGCUACUGGCGAUAUUAUUUGCUUGUCGUGUUUUAUAGAACCUGCAUUCAGCGGAAGCUACGGAGACGCAGAUUACCUAUGGAGCCCAGUCUUUCCGGCGAGCCUAGGCAUGCCGUGCGCACGCAGUAGGCACUCGGUUUGUGUCUGGGGAGGAGAGGUCUUCGUGUAUGGAGGGCGAGGAACCAGAGGAACGCUCAAAGACUUCUGGAGAUAUGAAAUAGGUGAGAGGUUGACUUGUUUGAAUACCCUGUGGUAGUAGCUAUAAUUUGUUUUUGAACGCGUUUUUUUCCUUUCUACUUGUCAUCCCCUCCAGUUUGUGCAUGUUUUAACUAACCUGAUUUAAGGGAAGUGUGUCUGGCUCCAGCUGGCAUACAAGGCAUUUUGUUUUUGAAAUCCUUUUAAAUCUUCUUCAAUAUUGUCCAUCCGUGCCUACUUUACACUGUGAAUCAGAAAGAUCUGUUUUAGCCCCCAAAAUAGGGCCGUUUCGGUGAGUAAAAUACAGUCCUAAUUUGGCUCCCUUAAAUUAGGGCCAAUACAGUCUAAUUAGCUAGGGCUGAUUGGUACCAGAGCUGAAAUGGGCCCUACCGUGGGCUGGAAUAGCCUUUUGGUUGAGCUCUUUUGGCCUGAAUUGUGCUCAAAUGGCUCCAGGAAGGGAUGAAUCAGACUUUGGCCUGCAGGGCUGAAUUGUCACUUUGGGGCUGAAACAGAUCUUUUUAAUUUUCAGUGUAGUAUUUGCAGUGUUGUUUACCCAUUCUUAAUAUUUUGGGCCGCUCGACAGCUCUCUAUGUUCUCAGUGUUUUUUGAUCCUUUUGCUUUACAGCCACUAACACUUGGAGUGAGGUUGUUGUAGAAGGCGACUUCAAACCGCCUUCGCUACAGGAACACACCGCCGUUCCAUACAAGGUAGUAAUUUCAAUUAACAGUUUAAAUCCCUAUUGUGCAAAAUCAAAAAAGAAAAAUAGCACCAUGUUAACGGCUAUGAGGUGCGAUGUCCUUCUAAUUUCCUUGGGGUGCGAAAUGAUGUCUACAUGAAAUUCAUUAUUUUAGCUCGUUCAGUGUUGUUUCUUUGUGAUGCAAAGGAUUUCACUACUCUAAAUACUUUCAUUUGAGGUACCUACUAAGUCUUUUUUUGUUUUUUUGUUUUUGCUUUUUUCUUUUUCCUCAAUUAUUACAGGGUAAUAUGUACGUGUUCGGCGGCGAAUUUACAGCAACGAACGAGACGCCGUUAUGGACUUUUAAUUUUCGUAAGUGCGUUGUGUUUUCCUUUGAGAUUAUUCUUCACCUGCGUUCUUUUUCAUUUCUUAUACAGACUCCUUUUUUUCUUCUUAGGUUCGCGGGUGUGGAGAAAACAAGCCGCAAAAUCCUGGGUAAGAUUAGAUUGAUUUUCAGCUGAGUGCCAAAAAGGCCUGUUAAAGGGCGAUCUUAGCCCUGCUGGUGCGGUGAUUUCCUGGCAGUUUUGUUACCAUUAUUCAAACUUUAUCCUACGGGCGCCUGCGUUGUAAAGGCUCAUCGGGGCAGCUCCCAGUUUUCUGAUAAUUCUUGCGCAGAAAAUCGCUGACUGGGGAUAAGUCGAGUAAAAAUUCACUAUAAGUAGUUUAGAAAGCAAAGGCACUUUCGCCUCAAACAUCGCCAUGAAAUCACCGCUAGGUUACACGCGCAAUUUGAAAUGGCAGGAAAAAGUGCAUGAAAAAUCACAUUUUUUUAGCGAGCCUUUAGUAAAAUUGUUUUUCAGUCUGUCACACUACUUAUGAAGGGCAAAGUAAUCGCGAAUACUGGAAAAAGCUUUUCACAAUGAUACAUCAGGCAGGGCAAACAUCUUCCUAAAAUCCACUUUUCACUGUAGCUUUUCUUUUCAUCUCUGUUUUCUCUUUUAUAACUCCCUAGGGCCCAGGAACGCGUCGAUCUCACACUGCUGUUCACCAUGAGGGUUCUAUGUUUGUAUUUGGUGGGUAUAUCGACAUGAGAGGUGCAACCAACGAACUCUGGCAGUAUGAACUUGGUGAGUCGGUUUCCAUUGUUUCCUAUCUACUGACCACAAUUUUCGAGAGUGCACUAAGCAUGCUAAGAGGUUUGGUGGGCUGUCUCGACUCAUAAUUCAACAAAAAAAUCCGAACCAUGGAUGGGUUCUUCUCACCCAGUGGUGGUGUGAUUGUGGUGACAGUAUUUUCUUACGAAAAGGCAGAUUCAGCUGUUUUUUUUUUUUUUGUUUUUUUUUAAAUGUGAUUUUUUUUUAAUAAAAAUAUUUUCACGUACCUGCCUUACCUUCCCUUUAGGUUUACGAGAGAGCAAAUACGAUUUUGGCAAAGACUCAAUUUGACAUUACUUUUAAGACUUUUUUUUUAAACUUUUUUGCAGAUACUUCAAAGUGGGUCAGACUAAAGUGGAAAGGCGAAGGGCCAAGCCCGCGGUACAGUCAUUCAGCGGCCGUGGGAGCAGCUGGCAUGUGGGUGUAUGGAGGCUUGGAAGGUCUACAGACCAAGAACGAUCUGUGGAGAUGGAGCUUUGGUAAGUACCAGUAGUAAUGGGACUGGGUAAGGUAGACAGGUUUUAAAAACAUACGAAAUAACAAAACUAACUGAUAAAUGAAAGUGCAUAAACGUCACCCUCUUGAUCGUACUGGUGACUGAAAGCGAUUUGUAUGGAUUCUGCAAGAAGUAGCAUCCUGAGUGUCAUAUCAGGUGAUUCGCCUAGAAAUAUAUCUCGGGGAUAAUAUAUAGAUUUAGCCGAGGCCAAAACUGAAGCUCUCGGUGAUUCUUUUAAGAAAUGUCUUUCUCAAGUAAUUUAACUUCUGCCCUAAUCAGAAAGUGAACUGAAUUCCUCUUUAAAAAAUGGACAUGAGCUCACAAUCAAUUGAAAAAUUAUUCGCCCGUGACGCACGUUGACGUGAAGCAAUCUGACCGAUCAAGGCUCCGAAAAACGCACAAACCUGAAAGGAAGAACGAAGGAAAAGCGAGUUCUAGAUUUGAGAUUUACACGUUGAAGCAGUUCUUCGCUGGCUGUUCUCUUGAAGACGACAAAUUGGGGGGGGGGGGAGGGGGGGGGGCGGGGUGAGUGGAAGAUGUUCUCACCCUGGGGUCUCACCCUGCAAGUGAUGCUUUUGUCAACCGAUGUUUAAUGUGUUCUUUCCAGUGGUAUCGACAGAUUUUCCCUAAAUAACCCGUGUCAAAAGUUGAAAAAACCGGGGAAGAGAAAAAAUGCUUAACUCUAAGUAACUAAUAUUUAAGGGUUCCCCAGCGAAGCUCUCAGUUUUGUUUCUUUCAUAGUUUCUCACUCGUGGUCGAGAAUUAAGAGUCGAGGUGGUCCGCCGGGCCUGUUUGGUCAUUCUGCAAUCAAGGUAAGGAGUGAAGUAAUCUGAUCUCUCAUACUAAGCAGUUAAUGUAAUGAUAUACUGAUCUGCCACCAUUUUAUAUACUAAACAGUUAAACUCUAGGAGAAAUCUCAUUUUAAAAGCAGGUGUUUCAUAUUAGGAAAAUUUUACGUUUACUUGCGUUGUAGUUGAGAAUGGUGUGUUCUUGCAUAAUUUUUGCCUUCGACCAAUGGCAGGUCAAGCUAUCUAAUGUGCCCGAAAGAAAAAGCGGCUUCACUUUUCCUAGGAUCGGCUGAUUUCGAGGUCACUAUCUAAAGCCUCGGAUAAACGAUCAAAUAUUUUCUUUUGCAAAUAAUGUUUGAUCACACGUCGAACAAAGUCAGUGAUCCCACAUUAACCUUUUCCUGCGUGUUGUACAUUUUAAAUACAGUGUAGAGAGGGUCUCUUCCAACACGAUGGUGGACGAAAAUGUUUUAACGUUUAAAAUAACGGGGACUUAAAAUAACGAGCACCUGUGGAAUCAUGAGUUGGAGCCAGUAUAACGGCCCAUCAAAUCAAACGAGGGGACUGAGAUUAUUUUACCUAAAUAUACCCGAAGUUUUUGGAGCAGUACAGCGGUCCAUGUUUGGUUGAUGCUUGCCGGAUAUCCUCUGGUUACCCUCCUACUUGAGUUGUGCUUUUUGAUUGAUUUUUUCCAAUAGUGAGUGUCAUUUCCGUGUGUUUAUAGGUUGGAGACGGGAUGUUAAUAUUUGGAGGGGAGACAGCUGACGGCGUUCUGCAAAAUUCAAUGUGGCGGCUUGAUCUAGGUAUGAAAAAUUGCUAUCCCUCGAUAGAACGCGGUUUCAUUGGAUUACGGAAGACCCAUGAAGUCCUUUGGCAAAUAAAAACAAACAGACAAUGCAGUGAACCAAUCAAGACUUGAAACUCAAAUAGGCCGAAAAAUGCAUUUUGGUUUCAAAUGUACCGAGGGACAAAGAGGAACAAGUUAGUUCGAGUCUGUCAACGUAAAGUUGUUAAAUCGCUGUAGUCGCGAAUAUCAAAGUAUUUCCGAGUACAUUUUUCAAAUAGCCCUUUCAUUGUCUUGGAUGUAGGUUACUUAAAUUGAUUUGUUCGGCUGAAACCAACCUACGUAUUGUAACGUCUUUCAGGGAAUCGCACGUGGACAACUGUUCGCCCCAGGGGUCGGAUAUCUCCACCCGUCCGUAGCUGUUUUUCCAUGGGGGUAGUAACGUCUUCCGCGUUUCUAAUAUCUGUGCGACCAUCGACGUCCCACUCCGCCCCACCCUGUACUCCCAUGCCGUCUGGCUUUCUGAAGGAGGAGAGUCUGGACAGUCGACUGACCACUCAUGGGGACUCUACGGGGGAAUCCUGGCGCGAACCCGUCACCCGAUGGGAGAGAUCUGCAGCAUCGUUGGACUCACUUGAUUCAACAGCGCCUUCAUCCAAUUCUACAGUAAAGUCUCGCGAUGCUAAACGCAACCAAAAUCGACCUGCAUCCAUGUUUGGCACUCAAGUUUACGAGAAUUCUCGAGGCAUGACUUUGUCGGAUGACUCUCUGAACGGAAACGAGCCCGACAACUCGACACACGCGGGCAAUAGAGCCCAGAAUCUGCCCUCUUGGGGAGAUUUUCGGGCCACAAAAGGCCGCGUCCAAAGCCAUGAAUUUUUAAAUGUGGAUUCCACUAUUAUCCCCACGGAUUUAAGGAAAAGUUUGACUCGACCAUUCGCCUGUUUGUUGGUGCUUGGAGGCAAGACGCGUGUUCAGGCUGAUAUGGCAAGAACUCUUGAUAUCUGGCGGUGUGAUAUUGAUCCAGGUAAGAAACGGGCUGCUUCUCAUUCUUGCUCUGACAGGUUUUGUUUCGGUACUCCGGUUUCGCCCUCCAUAAAAACCAAUAUUUUCAAAUUCCAAUACUCCACUUCCACGCCACGCAGCUCUUUACAAGGUCUCACAGUAUUGGCUGUGAAAACAAUAGACAUAGAGAUAUAAUAGUGACUCUAUCACGAAAACAAUGGAGCUGCGUGUUUUGGAGAACCGAUGAACUGUUAGAGGGUUUUAAGAGCUGCGUACUAACUGCAUAAUGCGCCUUAUUUGCCCCCCAUAAAUUUAGCCACAAUUGUGUUAGAAUUCCGAAUAUUUUCGUACAAAAAGUUUAUCAUAUCAAAGAUGUUAUACGUUUCUUGCGGCUAAGGGGCUGAGAUGCGUUUAAAACAUGUUAUUUAGCCUGAUUUUAGCCUGUACGUUUUGGUUUUUUUUCCAAUUCAGACCUCCAGGAAUUUGCCUUUUGUCACAAAAUAUGCAUACAUAUGCGCGUGGAUGCACGUGUAUCGGAAACAGUUCUCUAGGGUACCAUCACGUGGUCUGAAAUAAGAAAACAAAAGAUACAAGCUAAAAAAGUCUAUUCAAUCUGGAAUGCUAUACAAAGAACUACUGUGUGGAUGUGCUACCUCUAAACCGUCAUUAAUUGAUUGAUUGAUCAUUUAUUUAUUUAUUAUUUAUUUGUUUUCAGUCAAGAAAAAGCCAACAGAGAGACACAUGGAGAAAAUUACUGUGGCAAACAGUCAAACGGUGGAACCUCACGUCCCCCUUAGGGUCCCCUAUAGGAACUUGGAGCUCUCUGCAGAUAUUACCGCUGACUCGGAUGAUUUGGAUAACGUGUCAGUCGGAAGUGACUUGGUUUUAGCAGAUAUGUCUGAUAGCGAUACUCGGAGUGUGGAUUUCUUAUUGGAUGAUUAUGACUUCCAGACAUCGUCACGUAACUUUCCUAAAGUGUCCGUUUGA